AUGCCAAUAAAAACUACUCCGCCAGAACAAGAUACUGGUAUUGCUGCUGAGGAAUUAAACGAUUUGAUCGGAGAAAACUUUUACUCUCAGAUGUUUUUAGGGUCGCUGAAUUCGAAUCCAGGCUCAUUUUUGCCCCAUCAGGUCGGAAUGAAGGUCAUUCCAAAAUCGAAAAUUGAUAUAACAAUGGAAUCGAACUUAUCGUGUCCAACUAACUUAGGAUUCGGAUUCAGCGGCCCCAAAAACGUCUACGAAACUACUACCCAUGUGCCAGGAAUUGGAGGCGGGGAUGGAGGGUUUUCCGGAACCUAUCUGGGAGGACUUUUUGGAAGCGGAACAUCAGGAAACGGAACAAUUUUAAUACCAGGGAUUUUCGGCGGAGUUGGUGGUCCCGUACAAGGAGGAGGGAUUGUCGGAGGCCUUCUUGGAGGUCUUCCCGGAGGUGGAGGAGCAGGAAACGGGACAGGUUUGAUACCAGGUGUAGUGGAUCAAGUUGGUAAUGUAGUACAAGGAGUUGGAGGGUCUACUGUAGGCCUCGUUGGAGGACUUCUCGGAGGCGGAGGAUCAGGAAACGGAACAGGUUUGAUACCAGGUGUAGUGGAUGCAGCUCGUGAUGUAGUGCAAGGAGUUGGAAGCGAAAUUGGUGGACUUCUCGGAGGCGGAAGAAUCGGUAAUCGAACAAGUUUAAUACCAGGGAUUGUCGGCGGAGUUGGUGGCCCAGUACCAGGAGGAGGGACUUUCGGAGUCCUGCUUGGUGGUCUUCUUGGAGGUGGAGGAUCAGGAAACGGAACGGGUUUGAUACCAGGUCUGGUUGAUGCAGUUGGUAAUGUAGUACAAGAAGCUGGAAGCGGAAUUGGUGGACUUCUCGGAGGCGAAAGAACCGGAAAUGAAACAAGUAUGAUACCAGGUGUAGUAGAUCAAGUUGGUGGUGUAGCACAAGAAGUUGGAGGAUCUAUUGGAAGCCUUGCUGGAGGAUUUCUCGGAGGAGGAGGAUCAGGAAACGGAACAGGAUUAAUACCAGAAGUUGUUGACACAGUUGGUGACGUAGUGCAAGAAGUUAGAGGAACUGUCGGGAGCCUUCUUGGAGGUAUUUUUGGAGGUGGGGGUUCAGAAAACGAACAGGUUUAA